AUGCCUGGCGACGAGAGUGGAACCCCGGAACCCCGCCGCAGUGGCCGAAGUACUAAGGGCCAGCAUACUCGAAAUGCUGAAUUAAACGAAGAAAUACCAGCAAAGAAACCCGUCACAGCCCCCAGUACUCCGGCCCCUAAAAAGAACGAAAAGAAGACUACUCGCUCAUCAAAAUCCAAAAAUGACAAGACAGAUGCCACGUCACCUGCUGCCGACGCCGACGCCGACGCCGACGCCGAUGCUGAUGCCAAUGCCGAUGCCGAUGCCGAUGCCGAUACACCUGGGGGUAAUGAAGAAGAUGGUGAAGUCAUCAGGUGCGUCUGCGGUGCAGACACAGAUGAAGGUGGAAGACAAAUGAUAUCUUGUGAUCAGUGUGAAGUCUGGCAGCACUCAAGCUGCAUGCAGAUUCCAACAAAAAAAACACCAGACCACUAUUAUUGUGAACAGUGCAAACCGGAACUCCAUAAAGACCUUUUAGAAAAAAUGGCUAGAGGUGAGAAGCCCUGGGAACGGCGAAACAGGAAGGGCACAAGGAAGAGCGUUGGCGGUAGCAAAAAGAAGAAGGGAUCCGAGGCUCCUGAGACACCAGCCCCAGAGGAAAUUCAAGACGAUGAAAAGGAUGAAGAUAUGAAGAUGGAUAGUCCGGCUCCUACCAUGACUACCGAAGCCGAAAAGGACACUGAAGAACCCACUCAAGAUACCGUUGUUAACAACCUAGAAGAGGUACUGGAUGCUUCCAACAAAGAUAAGGAGGAAGAACAGCAAGGAGACGUCGCAAUGGAAGAAGUCACGGAAAACGAGUCCCCCGAAAAGUCUGUACCUCCGGAAUCUACACCUGCUCCUACAGAAUCUGGUAGACGGCUUUCAUCAGUCGCUUCACCCACCACGUUGAAGCGAAAGGCAGACGAAAGCGUUGAAGAAGGGACCCCCGAUGGAAAGGCGUCAUCCCCAGCCCGUCGUGGAUCAAUUCCUCAAUCUCCCACCCAAACCAAGAGCUCGAAAACGCGAUCUGGCCGCCGUUCCUCUACAACUACCUCAAAGCCACCACCAAAGAAGCCAAAGAUGGCUGACAACCAAUUGGAACAAGUUGUCGAAAUCGACGACCUCAAAAGCGAAACUCGCCGAAAAGGCGCUGAGACCCUCAAGAAGUUCUUGGAGGGUGCCCUCAGACCAGUCGAAAAACUUCCCGAAGGCGAGACCUCAAAAUCGGAGUUUGCUGCUCGACUGGCCUUAGAAAUCGAACACCACACUUACAUUCUUCUCUCUGCCCAGACAGCAGGGGAGCCCAACGAUGAAUACCGACAAAAAUUCCGUUCGAUCCUAUUCAACCUCAAGAAGAACGAGCCCUUGUUGAAUAAUGUUCUCACAGGGAAGCUUGGAACCAAAGAAUUUAGUGAUAUGACAGGCGACGAGAUGGCUACUGAAGAUAUGAAGCAUAUUGUACAAGAAGCGGAGAAGGAGAGCGAGAAACAAAGUAUCAUGACGGCUGAGGCCACUGGUCCUCGUAUUCGCAGAACCCACAAGGGGGAAGAAGUUGUUGGUGAAGAUACUGGUAUGAUUGCAGAAAAUAGCUCAGGGUUCAUUGGGUCGAGAUACGAGCCCCCAGCAGAGAAAUCGGACGACGAACAUUCAGCACCACCUAGUCCGGGCGCUGAGGAUCAUGAGAUGACUGACCGACCAAGGUCCCCUUCACCUACCGCUCUUCAGGAGCCUGCCGAUACUCCAUCCAAGGCUUUAAAGAUAGAUACUUCUAAACAAGCAAGCGGAUCGGCCCACCAUCGUAGGACAAGCAGCUUUGAUAUUCAAAAUGUAUGGUCAAAUGUCGAAUCAACAGAUGCAGGGCAUCGGCAGAGUAUCCCGCGACCUCCAAUUACCCCUCUUACCGCUCAUCCAGCCAAUGGCAACAACGCACAGCUUGAUCGUGACAUAGAUAUGCUCCUCAGGAACGAUGAUAGCCCUGGCGCUGGGUCAGAAACCCCCCCUUACUCCCCUAAGGACUACAUGGAUGAAUCCGAAGAAGGCGUUGUUUGGAAAGGCAAGGUCUUGAUGAGAGGCGUUGCGGAUUUGGAGGCCCAGGCAACUCAUGUCGCUGGCCCAGACUUGUCAACAAAGGUCCCAUGGGCUACAGUCAUCGGUAAUUCGAUUGAAAUAACUGGACGUAUUUCGGUCGACCGCGCCAACGAGUAUCUGCAACAAUUGAAGUACAGCUCACGAUCUAGCGAUGUCGUGGUUUUUACUAUUCACGCCUCGGCUUCUAGAUCUUCCUCUAGUGACGCGGAAACCGGUUUUACCAAACUUUUUUCGCAUUUCAAAGAACGUCAGCGAUCGGGCGUCGUCGGAAACAUAACAUGGUCACCCACGAAGGAUGUUUAUGUAGUUGCUGUCGGGAAGGAUGAGUCGAUGCCAAAGUAUAUGCUUAAUACGCAGUUCCCAGCUCACCCGCGUGAGAAGGAUAACCUGUUGCUCUGCAUCGUAUUUAAUAGGACAUUAGAACCAUUCCAGGACAACCACACUCCUACUACUGCCACUGCAGCAUAUACCCCAGCUCCUCCAUCAAGAGCCCUUCACACUCCAGUGACUGUUGCUCCAGGAGCCGGGCAACAGGGUUGGCAACCACCCACGCAGUUGAAUAAUAUCUACUCUGCAUAUCAGCAGUCACCCACCCCCGUUGGGUAUCAGGCGUCACCACCUCUGGCUACCGGAAUAUCUACGCAAGUCACAAACCUUCAAUAUAGUCCUCCAGGUCUUCAACAUGGAUCACCCAUUACCCUUCCGGUUGCUGGAAGCUCCGUUAGCAAUGGAGCGCCCCAGCAAAACCCCAACGUGGUAGAACAACUAAUGAAGUUGUUACACCUUGGUCCCGCAGAUCAAGCAAUGCUAAGGGAUAUUGUUGAUAAGAACCCCGAGUCCGUUGGCAACCCUGAGCAAUUAAUGCAAUUAGUUGCGCAGUAUCAACAUCAGCGUAGGGCUUAA